UCAACUUCUCCCGAGACAUCAAUGACGAUAUCAACAUCUCCCAGCAACGCGGGGAUGAAACGAUCUUCAUAUGCCCAGCGAUCAUCAUAAUGUUACCAAACGACUGGUAACCAAAGGCCAAAUGAGCGUUCUCUCGAGGAGGCUGGUUCAACCAUAUAUACCACUCAUGCAGCCACUCACACCAGGGUCAAGACAGAGCAUGAUGCUCUGUCUUGACCUGUACAGCCAGCGAUCAAUAUCGGAACAUCAUGACGCGCAUACCUAUGUUCGGGAAAGGCUUUGCCCUCCAAGCUGCCAUAUGGGCUGCAUGUGGGAUGGCCUUCAUACUCUUCGGCUACGAUCAGGGUGUCUUCUCCGGCAUCGUGGAGAACGAUGACUUCCUCGACACCAUGAACCACCCCAACGACAGCCUCACCGGCAUCAUCGUCUCCAUCUACAACCUAGGCUGUUUUGCCGGCUGUAUCAUCAACUUCAUGCUAGCCGAUUGGCUAGGCAGACGCCGCGCAAUGUGGUUUGCCAUGGUCUGGGUCAUCAUUGGAGCUACCCUGCAAUGCUCUGCCUUCUCCGUACCGCAUCUGAUGAUUGGUCGCUUCGUCACAGGCAUCGGCACUGGAAUUGAGACGUCCACUGUUCCCAUGUAUCAAGCAGAGCUGUGCGAGGCCAACAAGCGCGGGCGGCUGGUCUGUAGCGAGCCCCUUCUUGUCGGUGUGGGAAUCGUCAUCAGUUACUUCUUCGAUUAUGGUAUGGGAUUCGUUGGCGGUCAAAUCGCCUGGAGACUUCCGAUUGCAUGCCAGAUGAUCUUUGCGUUCGUGGUUGUCGUUCUCGUUUUCGGGCUGCCCGAGUCCCCUAGAUAUUGUUACAAGGAAGGCCGCCACGAAGAAGCACUGCAAAUUCUCAGUGAUGUCUACGAAUGUCCCAAGGAUGAUCCGAAGAUCAUUGCCGAGCAGGAGGAGAUCCUGAAAGCUAUUGCUAUUGAGACAGAGCACGGAGAGUUUCAGUGGAGAAACAUUUUCAAAUACGACCGAGUCUCCACGGGUCAUCGAGUUCUUCUUGCCUACGGAAUGCAGUUCAUGAACCAGGUCGGCGGCAUCAAUCUCGUUGUGUACUUCAUUCCCACCGUGCUCAACAGCAAUGUCGGACUUAGCAAGAACCUCUCCAUGAUUCUCGGAGGUUGCGUCCAGAUCAUGUUCGUGGUGGGCAGUAUAUUCCCAACCUUCUUCGUCGACCGGGUCGGUCGCCGGGCCCCCAUGAUCUGGGGCUCACUCGGCCUUGGGCUCUGCAUGAUGAUGGUUUCCAUCCUGCUCAGUUUCAAGGGCCACGCCAAUGAGCACGCGACCUCUUCUGCAGCGGUAGCCUUCUUCUUCCUGUACAUGCUCAUCUUUGGUGCCUCGGUGAACUGUAUUCCAUGGUGCUAUGUCCCGGAAAUCUUGCCCCUUCAUGCGCGCGCGAAGGGAACAGCUACCGGUAUCUCGUCCAACUGGAUCUGGAACUUCUUCGUCGUCAUGAUCACGCCAAUCAUCAUCAACCGUUUACAGUGGAAGGCAUACCUCAUCUUCAUGUGCACGAACCUGGCCUUCGUUCCGCUGGUUUACUUCUGCUAUCCCGAAACUGCGAACCUUACGCUCGAGGAAAUUGACUACUUGUUCACCAAUCCGAAGAAAAGCGCAGUGCAAGCGUCCAAGGAGCUAGUCACAGAAAGGAAGAGACACCGAACUGCGCCAACCCACGUCAUCCUCUCGCAAGUGAGCGGUGUCGUGCCGCCCGACAAGGAGAAGGGUAAAGCAAGUAUCACGUCCAGGGUUUCCGAUGAGCACAUCGAAGAUGCUUGAGGUCGAGACGAGGGCACUCGGCCGGAGUACACACUCUAGGGGGAAGGUAUUGAGUACCACCUGGCUACGUCAGUGUUGCCUUGCUGACCAUGCGUUUGCGACUGGGAACAGCCAUGCAGCCACCAUCACUGGUAGCGGUUGCAGGUAGCGGUUGCAGGUAUUGUGGCCGAUUUGGGUGACAAAGGACUUGAUCGGGAAGCACCCCGGCGAGUUAGGUUAGAAGCGUGGCUAUCAAUCUUUACCAAUACAUAGACGAUAAGCAUAUGCAGCUCUUCAGGC